UGGUUUGGAUAACAAGGCAUGAAUGCAUGAAGUUUCUCAGCGCAGCACCCACCACCACAAGCUACAUAUUUUAUAUUUCAAAUAUAUAAUCCAUGGCAUAUAUUUUUAUAAAAUUUCAACCUCAAUUAUUGAUUUUCUGCCGAGGAAGAUGAAGAGCAGUAAAAUUAUCACAUGCAUUCUUCAUGUGACAAGGAGUUGUGUAUUUCUCAAUUGCAACCAACUUUCCCAGAAAAACCAAAAGACUUCUUAUCAUCCUCCUUUAUGAAUUGUCACCCAUAUUUUCCCAAAAUCUUCUCAAAACACUCUCAAGAAGGAAGCCAUUAAGCUUCGUUAUUAAGUUCUUAUCCGGAAAUUGCUCAUGAAACCCCCAAAAAGACUCCAAUUUUGUCAGGGAAGGCACUGACUCCAUGUUUUCCUUAGUAUACUAGUUUUCCCAUUUCAAUUAAUUGCGUCUGCAUUCACCUUUAUUUGAACAAAGUUUAUUACAAACUGCAAACCAACCGUCCGGCCCAAGUGACAGAAAGUCAAUCUGAAAAGCCAAGCAGAAAGCUUCGUAAUUGACGAUGUUACCCUCAGAGCUUUGACCUAAAUGACAACAAUUACCCUUCAUAAAACUUCUUUAUCCUGUCAAAUCUUUUUUCAAGUCAAAAGCAGACAGAGGAAACAUUAAAAAAUCCAAAAAAAAAAAAAAAAACAAACAGAACAAAACGAAAGUACCCCUGACAACAACUUCUCCGAAACAGAGGCAGUUCCAGCUCUGCAAGAAUCAAAGCCGACCAGCAAGAAAGUUUUGUGUUCCUUUGCUGUCAUACGUUGAGAGAACAUAACCCUCCUCUUUCCAAGAAAACCUCCUCAUCUCUUCUCCCUUGUAUAUAUAUAUUGCACGCUUAAAAUACCCCAACGCAUCUCAAAUACAGAAAUAUAUAUUUUUUUGAAGAAAUCAAAAAUAUCAAUCCAAGGAUCAAUGGCAGGGUUUGGUAAAACAGCUUCUGAUUUCGAGGAUUUAUUGCCAGCGAUGGCGGAGAAGCUGGGUGGAGAAGGGUUAAUAAGGGAGCUGUGUAAUGGGUUCAGGCUGUUGAUGGACAAGGAGAAGGAGGUCAUCACUGUGGAUAGCUUGAAGAGGAAUGCGGCAAUGCUGGGGUUGCAAGAUUUGAGAGACGAUGAGCUUGUGAGCAUGGUCAGAGAAGGUGAUCUGGAUGGUGACGGGGCUCUCAAUGAGAUGGAGUUCUGCGUAUUGAUGUUCAGAUUAAGCCCUGGAUUGAUGGAAGAGUCCCAGUUGUUGCUUGAGGGGAUUCUCGAAGACGAGCUCAGAACUGCUGGCUUCUAGUAGGAGUUUAUUUAGACCCCGCCCUUUUUUCUUAUUGUUCUUUUUUUUUUUUCAUUUUUCUCAUAGGUGACAAAAAGGGCAAUGGGCAAACACUAAAUGGAUUAGUAUUUGUAAAGGAGUACAUUUAUCUCCUCAUCUGUUGUCAAAUAAUACAUUGUUUUGGCAUAUAGUAGCUUAAUAUUCUUUUCAACGGCCGGCUCCCAUUUAAUUUUCUCCUUUCUUUAUUCUUUGAUCUGAUAUGUAGGUAUUUAAUGGAACAACUCAAAUCCGAAU